AUGUCUUCGAAUUCCUUGAAGCUCAUCUUCCUUUGUAUCCUUGUAACCUUCUUCAAUAUCGAGACUAGUAAAGCAGAGGUUGCUACCGUUCUUGCCGCAUUUUGCCGUGACGAUAGAAGCAGUGACAACAGCCCCUAUCAGAUGAACCUGAGGACCCUCCUCUCUUCCUUAUCUUCCAAAGCCAGCGACAAAGGAUUCUACAACGACACAGUGCUUGCCACGAACUCCUCUGACACGGUGUAUGGUCUUUUCAUGUGCAGGGGUGAUGUACUCUCUCACGGCUGCAAGGACUGUGUCGCAAGCGCAACCGAGACUCUAUAUUCAAACUGUAACAUGUCCAAAUAUGGUGUGAUGUGGUACGAAGCGUGCAUGGUACGGUAUUCAAACGUCUCUUUCUUUUCCACGGUGGGCCUAUCUCCCAAAUUCUACGGGAGCAACAUAGCCAUAUCUCCUCCACCUCAACAAGCAGAUUCAUGA